CGAAUAGAGUAAAACCGCACGCAGUUUGAAUGUAAACUACACAAUUACUAGACAUCACAUGAUGCGAACUGUGACUGGUCAGGCAGGUCACGUGAGUAUCAAGAGCCCUUGUGCGCCGCAGAGAGCAUCGAAAUCUCGUGAUGGUGGUGCAAGCACGUGCCUCCCUUCACACGUUUAAUGAGCCCGUCUCCUCUUCCUUCGUUUACGCACAAACAAAGACACACACACAUACACACGCCUAAUUCGUGCCAAGCCUUAGCUUCACACACACCUCUUUCUCCCAGACACGCUCGAGCCCUACACACGCGUGAAGCUCGUCUUCCAAUUCACGCCGCACGCUCUUUCACGCGCCUUCUCCAUCUCACGGCCGGAUCUGCGCUUUUCACCCGCCGGAGAUCCACCGCCUUCUUCUCCACUAUCCCUCUUUGUUUCGCUGGUCCCGUGGAGGGAAUCAGGCGAGGAAAUUGUCGAUCGGCGCCGGUUUCGUCUCCUUUCGUUUGGAUUUUUUUCUUAGGUGUGCUUAACGACACGCCCAGAGGACUGCAAUUUUCCCCACAUUGGGACCAUUUUUCGAGAGGAGGCUUGUAAUUGUCAAGAGAAUUGCGCUAGAAACUUACUCACCGAGGUAGAUGAUAUAUGAUAAGGAAGUUUAGACUGAGAGGUUCUGUAAGAUAGAAGAUCAGUUUCGUUAAUACUGGAAUAUUUCUCUGGCCAAUUGCCAGCAAGGAGGAAGGAAAAGAAAAACCAUUAGAAUAUUUUUGCUGCAUUGCGAGACGACGACGUACACGUGGAGUAUUAAAACCACAGAAGUAAGAAGAUGGAACUUUUCACCAAAAGGCAAUAACAUUCUGGAGCAGCAAAGUUUAAGUUAUGGCAACGGAUAUGCAGAAACUGCUUGCAACUAGUGAAGAGGAUGACGACGAAGAAAUGGAUACGGAUGUCAAGGAAGAAGAUGACGGAGACCAGCGGAACAGAGGAACACGCGCUGCUUCAGGCAGUAGUAAUGACGAGUUCAUGUUUCAGCAGUCGUUGCAAGAUCAAGUGGACACUCCUGGGGGUGGAGGAAGUCGCAGAAGUAGACCGCUUGAAGAGAAGGAGCGAACCAAGUUGAGAGAGCGCCAUCGAAGAGCUAUCACUGCAAGGAUCCUAGGCGGGUUACGAAGGCACGGGAAUUAUAAUCUGAGAGUCAGAGCUGAUAUUAACGAUGUUAUUGCGGCUUUGGCCAGGGAAGCUGGGUGGGUUGUUCUUCCUGAUGGGACUACUUUCCCAUCCAAAUCUCAGGGGACAAAGCCUCCUGGUGGUUCUUCUGUGGUUGCUGGAGGUUCAUCAGCUUCCCACAUGGCAUCACAGCAAUCCUCACAUCCUGCUAUUAGAGGAGUCUCAUCCACAGGGCAUAGAAGCCCAACGGAGCUCAACUCUUGCCGCAUGAAAGGUGUUUUCGCACCCGCGCCAUCGCCAUAUGAUUUACCCCCAACUCAAUCUCCAGAACUGGUUGGCUGUGCAAAUAAGGCUGAGGGGCUUAUUGGUUGUUCACUCGGUGUUAUCAACUCUAAACAGAUUCUUGAGAUUCCUCCAAAUCUGACAGAGCAAGAUUUCUCUGGUACUCCUUAUGUUCCGGUUUAUGUGAUGCUACCACUUGGGGUUAUCAACAUGAAGUGUGAAUUGGCUGAUCGAGAUGGACUGCUAAAGCACUUGAGGAUAUUGAAGUCAAUCCAUGUAGAUGGGGUUAAAGUGGAUUGCUGGUGGGGAAUAGCUGAGGGUCAUUCUCCCCAGGAGUAUAAUUGGAAUGGCUAUAGGCAGCUUUUUCAGAUAGUCCGUGAUCUUAAUCUUAAGAUACAGGUUCUGAUGUCCUUUCACGAAUGUGGAGGCAAUGUUGGUGAUGAUGUUUGCAUCCCACUUCCUCAUUGGGUGGCAGAAAUCGGGCGAACCAAUCCUGACAUAUAUUUCACUGAUAGAGAGGGAAGACGAAACCCAGAAUGCCUUUCUUGGGGUAUUGACAAGGAACGUGUAUUAAGAGGCCGAACUGCACUUGAGGUGUACUUUGAUUACAUGAGAAGUUUUCGGAUAGAGCUUGCGGAGUUUCUAGAUGACGGUGUAGUGUCUAUGGUUGAAAUUGGACUAGGCCCCUGUGGUGAGCUACGGUAUCCUUCUUGUCCCAUAAAGCAUGGGUGGCGAUAUCCAGGUGUUGGAGAGUUUCAGUGUUAUGACAAGUAUCUGUUGAAGAGCCUGAGAAAGGCAGCAGAAUCAAGAGGGCACCUGUUUUGGGCUCGAGGCCCAGAUAAUGCUGGCUCCUACAACUCCCAACCGCAGGGAACCGGUUUCUUCUGUGAUGGAGGUGACUACGAUGGUCUCUACGGGAGAUUCUUUCUCAAAUGGUAUUCACAGGUGUUAAUAGAUCACGCUGACAAAAUCCUCUCUCUCGCUAAACUAGUCUUCGACAGUAGCUGCAUCGCCGCAAAGCUCCCAGACGUCCACUGGUGGUACAGAACAGCAAGCCAUGCCGCUGAGCUAACGGCUGGAUUCUACAACCCGAGCAACCGAGAUGGUUAUGCUGCAAUCGCAUCUGCACUAAAGAAGCAUGGUGCCACUUUGAGUUUUGUAUCAGGAGAAGUGCAAAUUCUAAACCGUCCCGAUGAUUUCUCCGGAGCAUUAGGAGAACCUGAUGCAGUAGCUUGGCAGGUGUUAAACGCAGCGUGGGACACCAAUACACCAAUUGCUCGAGAGAACUCGCUUCCUUGCCAUGAUAGAGUUGGGUAUAACAAAAUGUUAGAAAGCGUUAAGUUUCCGAACGAUCCAGAUAGAAGGCGUUUGUCAUCAUUUGCCUAUAGUAGGCUCAUCCCAGCUCUUAUGGAAGGACAUAACAUUGUCGAAUUCGAGCGGUUUGUCAAAAAAUUGCAUGGGGAAGCUGUAAUAGAUCAUCAUCAACAGGUUUAGAGUUUAGUUGUCCCAAAAAGAACAA